CGUCAAAACAUAAAGCAAAUACUACUAAUCGAAAUCUCUUUAUUCAAGCAUUCUAUAAUACCUAUCUCAAUGGCAAUCUACCAAUUGGAUUUAUCUCCACUGCCACGCUCCCACCCUUUCAAUCAUCUAGCCAAGCCACACAACUUGCACCAGAAUUCUAUGACAAACUAGUUACCAAAAUAAGAGAGAAGAUCUGA